AUGGACAAGGCCGUCAAGGAUGAAAUUGAAGCCUGUCUACCAUGUCAAGUAAAUGGGUCAACCAGCCCACCAGAACCAUUAGCAAGUCCAGAAAUGCCAGAGUGCCCUUGGCAAACCAUCCAUGCUGACUUCUAUGGUCCGCUCCCUACUGGACAAUAUAUCAUCGUGCUGAUCGAUAAGUAUUCGCGAUACCCAGAAGCCGAAAUAAUCUCAAGUACCUCCGCCAAAGCACUGAUCCCUAAAAUAGAUGCUAUUUUUGCAAGGCAUGGAAUCCCAUUAAAGUUCAAAUCUGACAACGGUCCACCGUUCAACAGUAAGGAAUUCUCCAAAUAUCUACAUAAACUUGGGGUGAAGCACGAGACAUCAAUCCCGGAGUGGCCGCAAGGAAACUCAGAGGCCGAGGCAUUCAUGAAGCCUUUAGCUAAAGCGAUCAAAACAGCCCGUGCGGAACAUCGCAAUUGGACACAAGAACUUUCAAGAUUCUUACUCAGCUAUCGCACUACGCCUCAUUGUUCAACCAAUGUCCCACCAGCUCAACUACUAUUUAACCGACCAUUGAGAGGUAUCCUACCAAUGCUAAACCCCAAGGACAAAGUGCUAAAUAGACAUAAAGAGGCGCAGGCGAAUAAUUUUGAAGCGAAAUCGAAAGGAAGAGAAUUGGCAAACAAAAGAAGAACUAAAGAAUCAGAUAUCAGGAUAAGAGACAAGUCGAGAGAAUCAACUGAUGAAGAUGAAUACAACAUCCACGAACAGCCGUACAGACACAACCAAUGCGUACCAGAAUGUGAAGAACCAGAACACAUCAUAGAACCAGAACCAGAAGAGCCAGCUCCAAGGAGAUCAACCCGACAAAGAAAAAUAACAGAACAAUAUGGGAACUCAAUAAACCCUGACUUUGUUAUCCUUUAA